UGGCUGCUGGCUGAGCUGGAGGAAUCGCCGAGCCAGGCUAGAUCAACUGUUGAGAGAAUAUUUAGAGCAGGUUCAGGAGCCUUCGGAGGAACUCUCAAUGUAGAAUAAAACUCACACAUUUAGGCUGAUUCGCUUCUUAAAUAGAUUAAUAGAGUUAUUUACACUCAAGCCAUUUAGUCACAGCGGAGGGCUUUCUGUUUGCAGCUCUGUGCGCACUGCCAAGUGGAGCCAACUUGGGGAAAGAAACAUUUGAAGAACAUCUCUCCAACACUUUGAUUUAUCUGAAGUGGGGCUUGGAAAAUCGCAUCAUGUCAUAUUUCAGCACACUGUGUGUGUACUUUUUGAUGGUCCUCAACCCAAUUAUGACAAAUACCAUCACCGAGGACAUAGAUGUUUUGGUCUUUUUGCCACAGAAUAACUCCUACCUUUUUUCACACACGAGAGUCGCACCGGCGAUCAUUUACGCACAGCAGAGGCUGCAGGCGGACGGAGGACGCUACUCUGGGUUCCAAUUCAACAUCCAGUUUGAGAACUCCGACUUUGUCAAUGGUGCUCUGUACAUGUUGGUGGACAGGUCGUGUGGGAAUAAGCCGGAUUUGAUUCUGGGUCCGGUGUGCGAGUACGAGGCGGCAGCGGUGGUGAGGUUGGCGUCCCACUGGAACAUCCCCGUGAUCUCAGCAGGUGCCCUGGCCGUCGGCUUCAGCAAUAAGAACGCCGAGUACUCCCACCUGACCCGCAUCGCUCCGUCCUACGUGAAAAUGGCAGAGACCUUCAGCGCGAUGUUCGAACACUUCACCUGGAAAAGCGCACUACUGGUCUACGAAGACGACAAGGAGGAGCGGAACUGUUACUUCACUUUGGAGGGAGUCUAUCAUCUGAUGGCUGACUUUAACAUAAAAACAUAUGCUUUUUCCCACGAGGACCGCCUGGACACUGAUGACAUCUUCCAGAACAUGUAUGACACUGAAGUAGUGAUCAUGUGCACGGGAGCGGACAAAAUACGAGAGAUCAUGCUGGCUGCACACAGACGGCGGUUGACCAACGGCAGUCAUAUGUUCUUUAAUGUUGAACUCUUCAAUGCCUCUUCUUAUGGUAAUGGCUCAUGGAAGAGAGGAGAUAAAUAUGACAACGAUGCGAGACAUGCCUAUGCUUCUCUGAACACUGUGACGCUGCUCAGGACCGUCAAGCCUGAGUUUGAAAACUUCUCCAUGGAAAUGAAAAAGUCCAUGAAAAAAGCUGGCUUUCAUGACUGCAAAGACUGCGAAAGUGUCAACAUGUUUGUUGAGGGAUUCCAUGAUGCCCUGCUGCUAUAUGCCAUUGCCUUGCAUGAAGCCAUGAAAAGUGGAUACAGUAAGAGGAACGGAACGGAGGUUACCUCACGCAUGUGGAACAGAACUUUUGAAGGAAUCGCUGGCCAUGUGUCCAUGGAUGAAAAUGGUGACAGAAACGGAGAUUUCUCUUUGAUGGCCAUGACUGAUGUUGAGGCAGGAACAUAUGAGGUGGUGGCCAACUACUUUGGCGAAAAUGGAACUUUUCAGCUGCUGCCUGCCUUCAGAAUGGACCAUUUCACUCUGAGAGGAAAAUACAAAGCGCUCACGGAGAUACCGGAAAAAACAUGUGGCCUAGGAGUAUCAGCUUUGACUGGAGUCAUAGUGGGAGCUGUUCUGGGAACUGCAAUGCUUAUAGCAUUCUACUUUUUCAGAAAAAACUACAGGAUUACCAUUGAGCGCCGCACACAGAGUGAAGAGUGUGCCACUGGGAAGCACCGUCAGUUACGAGAGGAUUCCAUCAGAUCAAACCUCUCAGCAGCAUAAUCUGCGGCAGCAGAAGUCCCUUUACAAGAAUCACACAUCUGAUUGUGACCUGACUUUGCAAUGGUUGUCAGUGGAGCCAUGCUGUUAAAAUGAGACAUUUUGUGUUUGUAUCCUUUUAAUGUUUUGACUUAUUGUAACUCAGGACAGUUGUAACAGUCACAAAGCACCACUUACUUGGAUUUUCCUCCGUACAAAGAUAUAUGAUUGUAUUGGUGUAUAGAAAGCUUUGAACAUAAUAUUUUUAAAAGGUUAUUUAUGUAUGUAUGUGUGUGUGUGUAUGU